AUGGCGGGUGCGCGUGAAGAACUGAAGCAAAUUGCGGAGACGGCUUCCUUGGAACAGCUCCAGCAGCUGCUGGCAUAUGCUGAGGAACUCGGUAUUCGGGUAGACGAGCGGUUUGUGGAUAUUCGAGUUCUCUACCCGUCUGGUGAAGUGGCCUUGAAUGAGCGACUCCCUGGCAGAAUGACAGUCGCUGCCUUGUUGCUGCGCUUGGGCACCCAGAGCGAGGCACCAGGAAGACUGUCCUUGCUUCUUGGGACUGAUGUGCUGAAGCGAACUUCAAGGCUUUCGGACUUGAACCUCACCGAGGAUUGCCUGUACCUUCUCAGGAGAACUACAGGCACAUACACAGAAUGGAAGCCUUCCGGCACUGCAGAACCGCAGCAUGACUACCUCGCAAAGUGUGUCAUCUUGGGUGGGGCAGGCGUAGGAAAAACAGCACUGCUGCGAGCGCUGUGCAGGGAGGAAUUCUCCGACGAUAUCGAAACGACGAUCGGCGUCGACUUCAAAAUUGUCUACCGGAAAUCCGAUGAUGGAAUCAAGUUGAAAGUGCAGCUGUGGGACACCCCAGGGCACGAACGAUUCCGAACCACCGUGAGGAGCUGCAUGCGCUGUGCAAGUGGCUUCCUCGCUGUGUUCUCUCUCUGCGAUCGCCGUUCGCUGCAAGAUCUCACUGACCUUCUCGAGGCUGCAGAGGAAAACAAUCGCGAAGCGUGCCGGUGCAUCUGCUUGGUUGGCACACACGCAGACAGUCCCAAUCCGGCAGUGCCAGAAGAAGAGAUGCUCCAGUUCGCGAGGGAUAAGAAAUAUCAGUACUUUGCAGUGUCAAACAAGACGGGGCAAGGUAUUGAUCAGCCUUUGUCUGCUUGGCUAGAUUCCUACCUUCAGGGUGGUGGCUCACUAGUGACUAGUGCCCUCGCAGCACGCAAAAGAAGCUUCCUUGCACAGGCUGAUCUGCUGUGA